AGUCGUCGACAUAAAUAAUAAAAAAUAUCUAGUAACAGUUAAUUUUCGAAAGCAAUGGUAAUUUCAAAUAUAAACAAAUAAAAGUAAAUCAACAAAUAUUUUUACUGGCAAUAUUUUUAAACGUCAAAUCGACCACUUAACGAACAGCCGAGCCGUGAGCAGCAUAGCUAAAUUCUUGCUUUGAAUCGGAGCAGUUUCGGUUGCUUGAAUAAGUAAAUACAAUAUUUUAUUUUCAUCGAAGUGAGUCUCUCAACAGUGACGAAUAAAAAUAUUAUAAUAUCUACAAUGGAACACGAUAUCAACAAGCCCUACAAAAUUUGUGAUGUGAAUCGAGACAAAAAGAAAGGAAUUGUGGCAUCGUCUUUAGAAGAUCUGCUCACAAAAGUACCAGAAAAGUUAGGUUUACCCUCGGAAAAUUUAACAGUAGUCCUGGAAUCUGAUGGCACUGAAGUCGACGACGAGGAAUACUUCUCUACAUUAGACCCUGACACUUCUCUUAUGAUUUUACAUGGACUUGAAAAGUGGGCUCCGAAUAUGCCCAAGUGCCAAGUGUCUUUAGAUCAAACUGAUGACGUCGCAUUGGGAGACAAAGGGCAGGUUGCUAACUUGGUUGGCCGCCUGCAACAUAAUUUGUGCCAUAUCUCUCUCCUGGGUGGUCAAGAUUUAGAACUCUUGUCAGACAUGGACCCUGAUAGUCUUGCAGAUAUUGUGACUGAUAGAGACAACAGAAUUAUUUUGGAGCACAUCAAAGAAGCAUCUGGGAGAAUAUUACUUGAAAAACGACAAGCCCAAGAUGCUAUGGAACUGUUGAAGCUGUAUCAUCAAAGCGUAGCCAAUGGCACUGAAGACAUGUCACCACCAAAGCAAGAGAGAGUUUAGAACACCAAGUUUGCAAUGGUAACCAACCAUAUUUCAUUUGUCAUGACUUAAUUCAGGUUAAAUUGAAACAACUUAUUAGUCUUAUAAAUAAUUUCGUCUUUUAUGUUAUACUCUGUAAUUAUUUUACUAUGAACCCACAAAUAUUUUUAGAUAUUUUUAGUAACCUUGUAUUCAACCUGAAUCAAGUGAUGAUUAAAUAAUUAAAAUCCUCAAUUUAUUUUUAAGGAAUGUUUCACCUCAAAAGUUUACAAAACAUGUUUUCUUCUGUGCUUAUGACAACAUUAUAUCAGUUAUAAAUUCUUAUAAAAAAUUAAGAUUUCUAGCAUUGUAAAUGAUCAAUCAUAAUAAUUAUGUAUAUAAUAUUAUACCAAAUAUUGAGGCCUUUUUACAAACAUUAUGGACUUAUUUAUUUAUUUUUAAGGUGUGUAUUAUGCUUUUUGUAUAAGUCAUUGUUCAACUUGGAAUAAGAGAAUUACAGCACUAUUCAUUUCAUUUUUUUUAUUGUAUUCUCUGUAUUGCAAUGUCCUCCAUUGUUGUAGUAAUAGUGUUGUUAUUAUAAGAAGUUACAAGGUGUAAUAGUAAAAAUUAGUGAUAAUACAACGCUAAUCUUAUGAAUAUGAGCUGAAAUCAAACAAUAUGAUAAUGUUCUUACGAAGCAUUGUAAGUAAAUAUGUUUAGAUGUUUAUGUAUAUAGUUAGUCUUAAAAAUACUGUAGAAAUCAACUGUUAGAAAUAUUUAUGUAAUUUGUCUAAUUCAUAUUAUUUUGACUGGUAAAUUAAUAGAGCAAUUUCAACUUAUACCUUCUGAAAUGCUAUCAGUCUUGAUACCUAGUUGUUAAGAUAAUACCUUUAUAAAUAUUUGAAUACCAAAUCUGACAAUAGGUAUGCUAGUGCUAGGCAUAUUAUAUGGUCUUUUAAAAUUGUUUUCCAUAUUUUGUAAACUUUUGAGAGAAGAAUUGCCACAAGGUUGAUAAUCAACAUCAAUUUAAAAGACUGAUAGUUGGUAAAUUUAUGUUUUUAUAUAGUUUUACCCCUAGUGUAAGGUUUAUUCAUUUAAUUCCAAAUUUGCUCAAAAAUUUUACAAGAUAAUCAUUAAGUUUCCCUAUCUCAUUUCACUAUUGAAUAUUAAGUGAGUAAAUAUUUAAUAAUUUGGUUCCCCAGCAAGAAGUAAAGUUGUUGAUAUUGUGCAGUGAUAAUGUGACGUUAGUUACUCCCAUGGAAUUGUUACAUCAUUUUGUAUUGUAUUGAAAUAUAAUAAUCAAAUCAUUCCUACAUAAUGCAUUUGGAAAGAAUAGACGAAGGGAAUUGAGUAUGCUAUUGAUCCUGAGAGUGGUGGUAAACUAUAAUCCUAUUGUAAAAAUAUACAUACAAGUAAAUUAAUCUUUCUUUCUUAAUUUAUUUAUUCAUAUUUUACAGUCUUAGUAACUAAUAUGAAUGUUUAUGUUAGCAUACUGAAUUGUGCUAUUUAAUGUCAUAUUAUGUAUUUUAUAGUUGUGCACCCAUUGAAAUUGUUAUAGCCGGCAAGUAGGUAAAUACCCUGUAAUAUUGCACAUACUAGUCUGAUAUUAUUAAAUAACAGGUGAUAAUACCAGACAGUUUAUUAGCAGCAAGUUAGGUCAACUAAUAAAUAAUUGUUUUAAAACUGUCUGAUCUUAACCUGAUAUUGUCCUUCAUCUUAAUAUUUACCAAAUACUUGUAUACCUAAAUAGUGCUUAUAACCAAAUUCCUUUUACUGUUUGCCUUAAGCCAAGCAUAUAAAACAGCACAUAUUGUAACAAACCAUAUAUAUAUACGGUUAAUGUAUUUAAUGUUAGUAAUACUAAUGGUCUACCACAUAUUUGUAAUUCUACAAAAUAAUACAUACAUUGAUAUUAUUAAUCAUAGUAAGUAAUGCAUUUGACAACACCAACUUAGACUUUGUCUUCAUUUGUUAUAUUUUGUAUGUUUAUAGUUAUACAAUAACAUUAAUUACUGUUUUUGAUGUCUCAGUCCUGUUUCUGUCAGUUACGUAGAUAAAAAUUAAUUGAUCUUAGCUUUGUAGUUUUUGUGUUCUUGAUAACAAGCAAGGAAGUUUCGACUAGUGGUUUCUGAGUACUGAAACUAUUAUGAGCAUUGUAAUAUGUGUUUUUACUUUAGAUGUUCUGUGGAAUUGGUAGAUGUCAACAAUAAUCCCUAAUAGAGGAAUUGGAAUUUAGUUUUACUGUGCACAAAUAAAGACAUUGAAAAUAAU